UCUACCACACGCUCACACGUUUCUCAAAGCUGCGCUCCUCUCUACCUGUCCGCACUAACUCUUCUUUUUCACGACCUGAAGGGAUUCCCACAAAGAAACGGACAGAAUGUGUCGGACGAACAUUUAAUCGAUCGCCAACUCGACUAGAAAUGGACUAAAGAGCACUUUUUAGCGUGUUUUGCCUGGCAAAAAAGAAGACUUCCCAAAAGGACAUAGACAGCUAAAGACAUGGACUGGAAGACCCUCCAAGCCCUCCUAAGCGGGGUGAACAAGUACUCCACUGCAUUCGGCCGUGUUUGGCUCUCGGUGGUGUUUGUCUUCAGGGUGAUGGUGUACGUGGUGGCGGCUGAGAGGGUGUGGGGCGACGAGCAGAAGGACUUUGACUGCAACACCAAACAGCCCGGCUGCGCCAACGUCUGCUACGACUACUACUUCCCCAUCUCCCACAUCCGCCUGUGGGCGCUGCAGCUCAUCUUCAUCACCUGCCCGUCCUUCAUGGUGGUGAUGCACGUAGCGUACCGCAAGGACCGCGAGCGCAAGCACCAAGCCAAGAACGCCGAGGGCCCCAAGCUGUACAACAACACGGGCCAGAAGCACGGCGGCUUGUGGUGGACGUACCUCAUAAGCCUUUUUGUCAAGACGGGUAUCGAAAUCGCCUUCCUUUACAUCCUGCACCACAUCUACAACAGCUUCUACCUGCCCAGGCUGGUCAAGUGCGAGGUGUCGCCGUGCCCCAACACGGUAGACUGCUACAUCGGCCACCCCACCGAGAAGAAAGUCUUCACCUACUUCAUGGUGGGGGCCUCGGCGCUCUGCAUCAUCCUCAACAUCUGCGAGAUCAUUUACCUCAUCACCAAGCGGCUUCUAAAAAUCCUGAACAAACACAGGAAGGGAAGACAGAACCUCCCCGCGUGGCCACAAGACGAAGCCUUCAACAAUGCCGCCCGGUCUUCGACCAAGAUGGACCUGGAGGACAAGCUUCCGCCCAAUAUGGACCUGGAGGACAAGCUUCCGCCCAAUAUGGACCUGGAGGACAAGCCGCCGUCGUUCAAUUCGGCAAACAAACCAGAGUACAGACUUUCCAAGCUGAAGCUGGACGACAAGCUCCGGUCUUCACUACCGAACUUGUCCAUUCCUUACUGAGCCGAGAAAAGCGGACGUUAAGAUGAAAACCACGAGCGGUGACGCAUUUUGCAGGCUUUGAAAACACACACAUCGUUUCUGUGUGUGUGUGGAAGCUGAGUCAUUGAGCGCACACCUUAAGACUCUUUCUGAGCUUAUGAACUUUGGCUUGCAAGUCGCAAUCCACAACACACACCAGCUACAGCGGAUCGAUUUUACAUAGAUUCUUCUGGAACCUGCCUUUUGAACGUCACAAGCACACACACACAGUACAUGUCAUCAAGCUUCACGGUGAUGUGACCAUGAUGCCUGCAAGCAGGCCCCAGCUUACUGAGGAGUAGUUGUGAUUGUGGAAUGUGGACACACGACAAUGGCUGACAACCGUGCUUGAAAGUAUGCCAACUUGUUUUUCCAUACCAUAACUUGACCUAUAGAGGUGAUACAAGGCAUCCCCUUAAUGCAUUUCUUCAGUGAAGAACAUUCUAGCAUGCAGCCUCUCAUUAGCUGUUAGUUUCACAACCUGCCCACUGCUGAUUUAAAUCAUUAGAAAGGAAUGCUGCCGUUUCCAUCACAGUCCUUCAUACAAUUAUGUGUAUUUGUUUAUUUUUAUACAUAUUAAAUUUAUUGAAAAAAAGACUCUGGUCUGCUUAUAGACGCCGCACUACUGUGUCCCCAAACUCUUCCAGCAUCAAUCAGUAGAUGUGAUAACAGAAAAUGAUGUCACUUAAUGGCCGGAAAAUCAAGACCAUGUCUUUGGAAUUUUAAGUCAGAAGUAAGAAUCUCAGCUUGCUCGUCCGACAGGUUCUUACAAGGUGCGGCAGUAAGACUUAUCAUUCACUCUAAAUGAUUUCCUUCACAAACUGUAUAAAUGAUUGUUUGCAAAUCCUGACAUGGUGGAACAAAUAUGGAUAAGUUAGGCCGUGUGCUUGUCGCCUCAUGAAACAGUGUGGGAUGUAACGAUAUUAAAAUGUCAUUUCACGGUUAAUGAUGAAUGUGCUCAAAAAAUACUUUUACACACUAUAAAAACUUUUAAAGGUGAAAGUCACUUUUUUGGAAUUUUUUCUAUAAUUCACAAUCCUCUAAAGGACAAGAACACAAUUGUUUAAUGCAUUCUAACUCAAAUAAUCAAAUAAAAGUCAACUUACAAUGGAGCCGAUGGGAGCCAUGACAUCAUUGCAUCUAUUCCCAAACCCAAUAACCAUCCAAAAAGCACCAACAAUAGUUCAUUUUCAUUUUGUGAUUUGAAUAUUAAUCUCGUUUUAGCGAUAUUGUUAUUAGAAGCACUAACGUUAAGGACCUACAUUUAGAUAACUUUCCUUAUGCUGCUGUAUUGACAUCACCAGCUGUUGAGCUGCUGUCUCACGUUGGUUCUAGAUUAUAGAUUAUAAAUCAUAAUUCUCACCUUGAUAGUAGAAGGUUGUGGACAUAAACAGAUAAAUUGGUCCACUUUGACAGCCAAUUUGAACCCGGAAAUGGCUAAAAAGACCCAAAAAGACGCUUAGUUGCACACACCCUUUUUUGUUUGCAAGGAUUAUGAUUAAUUCUUCAUUUAAACAGGAAUAUAACAACAUCCUAGCAGUCAGAGCAGACAUUGUACAGUAAGUGAUGUUUUCUUGUGUUAGUUGGCUCUCAUGAAGUCUGCAGUGAGCAGUUAUCAGUGAUAAAGUUAGGGGGAAAAGACGAUUGUCGGGAAGCGUUUUUUAAAUUAACACGCCGCCGUAUGCUUAAAAUGAGCAAGAUUACAUAUACAUAAAUAUGACAUAUAUACUUACAACGUGUAUAAAAAACCUUGGAUGCGUUUCCAUGUUUAUUUAAGCGACUUAUAGGCAAAACAGGGCGACUCCCAUUGGCUAUUGUAAGCGGACAUUUCUUAAUGUUUACUAGUUAGAAUGCAAUAAAAAAAGAAAAACGUGUGCUUGUCUUACAUAAGGACUGUGAAUAAUAGGCAGAACUCCCCCAAAAAGUGCAGUUCAGCUCUAACAAGUUUUAUGAAAUGUUCUAAAUAAAAUAGACCCAAAAUAUACUUUCAUGGCAGAAGAAACAUUAAAUAUUAUUCUGGCUUCUUAUCUUCACUUCUGGUUUAUGUGACCUCAUCGGAGUUCUCUUCCUGCUGUCGUUAUUCCUUACAGUAUGGCUUGAUCACUUUGGUCCACAGCCUGUAGGUUCAAUGUACACAAAUAGUUUAGUUGUUCUGACAGCAAUUAGUCUAUAUAAGAUUAGAUUGAGGUAUGUCGUUUCUUAAUAGGAAAAUACAAAAUUCCCUUAUAUUCAUGUUAGCAUUUAAGCUAGCUAGCGACAGGGUAUCCGCGACGUCUUAAAUCCAAUCAUUUUAAUUUAAGAACUUAAAAUCUCGUAAAUUCUUUUUUUUUUUUUUAAUCACAGAAUAUCUCAAGUAUGACUUGAGUGUCUUAAAAUAUUUAAACGUUAUAUGUAUUCAAACAAAUGCAGAUUUCAGUCGGCAGACUCCCUUGGUGACGUCACGUGACAACCCUCUAUAUCAGUGGUUCUCAACCUUUUUUCAGUGAUGUACCCCCUGUGAACAUUUUUUUAAUUCAAGUACCCCCUAAUCAGAGCAAAGCAUUUUUGGUUGAAAAAAAAGAGAUAAAGAAGCACUAUGUCAUCAGUUUCUGAUUUAUUAAAUUGUAUAACAGUGCAAAAUAUUGCUCAUUUGUAGUGGUCUUUCUUGAACUAUUUGGAAAAAAAUAUAUAAAAAUAACUAAAAACUUGUUGAAAAAUAAACAAGUGAUUCAAUUAUAAAUAAAGAUUUCUACACAUAGAAGUAAUCAUCAACUUAAAGUGCCCUCUUUGGGGAUUGUAAUAGAGAUCCAUCUGGAUUCAUGAACUUAAUUCUAAACAUUUCUUCGCAAAAAAAGAAAUCUUUAACAUCAAUAUUUAUAGAACAUGUCCACAAAAAAAUCUAGCUGUCAACCCUGAAUAUUGCAUUGUUGCCUUUCUUUUCACAGUUCUUUGUGACAGACAUUUUAGUGAGAAACCUGAGCUUGUGCUUCACUGAGUUUAUGAACUUACAUUCAUAUUUUGUUGAAGUAUUAUUCAAUAAAUAUAUUUAUAAAGGAUUUUUGAAUUGUUGCUAUUUUUAGAAUAUUUAAAAAAAAUCUCACGUACCCCUUGGCAUACCUUCAAGUACCCCCAGGGGUACGCGUACCCCCAUUUGAGAAGCACUGCUCUAUAUGAAGCACACUGCACCCUCCGCAAAAAAACUUUGAAAUACUGGACAUGAAUUCAUUAGAA